AUGGCGUCGGCUCCUUUCUCGCGUCUCGUGCGCUUCGUUCCGAAAUCGAACCCAUCGUCCGUCCUCAUUGGCGAACCGACGGAUCCCGAUAUUGAUGUUGGGUUGGCUCUCCGGAAAGGUCUUAUCAUCGAAGCCGCCACUUUUUCUGGCCGGUCCGUGCUCUCUCCGGGACGUCGCACUGGGAACACGGAGACGAUUCUGCGCGUGCUCUCGCCCCUGGCCGCAGAGGAGGUCGGCACGAUCCGCUGCAUCGGACUCAACUACAAACAGCACGCCCAAGAAGUCGGCCUCGCGCUGCCAACCGUCCCCACCGUCUUCCUCAAACCCAGCACAUGCGUCGGCAACCCAUGGCCGGCCGCCACGCCGCUGCCGCACCUCACACAAAAGGAUGACUGCGGCGACUACGAGGCCGAGCUCGCCGUCGUCAUAGGCAAGACGGCCAAGAACGUGCCCGAGGAGCGGGCCAUGGACUACGUGCUCGGCUACACGGCGUGCAACGACGUGUCGAGCCGGACGAGCCAGUUUGCGCAGAGCCAGUGGUGCUUCUCCAAGGGCUUUGACGGGUCGUGUCCGCUGGGACCGACGCUGCUGUCUGCCGCGCUGGUACCCGACCCUUCGGCGUUUCGCGUGCGGGGGCUCAAGAACGGCGAGGUCCUGCAGGACUGCGGCGCAGACGACCUCAUCUUCAGCAUCCCAAAGCUGGUUAGCUUUCUGUCGCAGGGCACGACGCUGCCCGCCGGGACGGUCAUCAUCACGGGCACACCCGCGGGCGUGGGCGUCGGGAGGGAGCCCAAGGUGACGCUGCGGCGGGGGGACGAGUUUGCGGUGGAGAUAUUGCCGCAUAUCGGUACCUUGGUCAACGUGUUUGAGAACGAGGAGAGCUGA